UUUGAACUCUACGCGCCACGAGUUUUUUCGAAUUGAACAGCUUUUUGAUCGGGUUCCACCUUAACAAUUUAAAAUCCCACGAGACGUCACGGAGCUUUCGGAGAAGGCUGAGAAUUUACCUUGUAAGUCCACCCAAGCCAGGUCUAUUGGAGGGGAAAAUCCAGUAUCAAUCGACUUGCACGAAUUGCAUGACUUUCACGGCUUUUACGGCUUUCACGGCUAUCUCAAAAGGCUUCAAAAGGCUUGGUCUCCAACAACUCAUCUCAUCUCAAAUAAACGCGUGCCCACUUGUACCUUACAUUGGUCCCCAUUUGUGAUUACCAUCCCAUCUCAAUUUUUUCUUCCCUCUUUCCUCUUUUAUAUCUCCGGAUGCUACGGACUACACUCAUUUGGAUGUGAAUAUUUCAUAUACAAAGUGAUUAGAAUCACAGAUGGCACCUAAAUUUAAGGACGGCGACACUGUACUCGCUUUCUCAGGUAAAUGGGUGUCAUGGACUCAUACCGCAGUCGCAUAUGCUGCUUUUCUCAGCGCACUCAUUGUUGGAGUUUCACUCCAUUAUCACAAAAUCGUUCAAAAUGAAUAUUAUGGUUAUCCGGAUGAAUGGUUCCCUUCAGUUUCGGCGACAAUUGGAGAUCGAUACCCGGAACGUUCGUUUUUCAUGGUCUUCAUAGCUAUUACAUCUGGUCCUAGAUUUGCUCUCGUUGGAUUAUGGUACCUUCUUACUGCACGACCCAAUUCAAAGUUGCCCAAGUUCGUUGCUUUCGCAGGCGUUUUCCGUACUCUUACAUGUGGUGGUUGGACUUAUGUUACCUCUACGGACGAUCACGAUUGGCAUGACAUUUUUAUGAUUUCAUAUUUGGUGGCUACUUUGCCAUGGACUUUAGGAUGUCUAGCUUUGAGCCCAGAUAAUGCACGAGCUGUUAAAUAUCGAAAAUAUCUCGCGGGAUCUUUCUUUGGAACUUUGGUACCUUUGGUUUAUUUUUUUAUACAACACAAAGUUCACAGAGUCGCUGGGGCAUAUACGGCAUACGCUUUCUUCGAAUGGGCUUUGAUUUUGUUUGAUGUGGCUUUCGAUGCUGUUACAGCUCUCGAUUUUGAAACUUUCGAAUUAGUUGUGAAGGAUGUUAAGGGUCAGACUAAGGGAAAAGAAAAGAUGAUAGUCGAUAAAGUCUUUGAGAAAGAAAAAGAAAAGGAAGUUGGCCAACUAUUCGGCCAAUCUUUCUCAUGGCCCGAAGCUUUCGAUGCAGCAGCUGAUGUCUAUAAUGGCUUCGUAUUCUGGUCAAUGUUGACUUCUUUGGGCAUAGUCGUAUGGUAUUUUCCUCUGUGGCACAUGGGUAUCUCAGGCUAUGAAGUUAUGGUUAUGUGUACCAUUUCUCCAUUGUUCUUAGGAAUUAGAUCGGUUCGAGCAUUGGUUGUGAAAAAUCUUCGGGCAUGUCAUCUCAUGUCUUUGAUUGGCUUAUGUGCCUAUCAAAUCACGAGCCCAGCGCCUAGACUUUUUGUCGUUGGUUUUGGCCUCUGGAUGUCAUGUUUAUCUUGGGCAGCUGCUUGGUACGCAUCAGCGGGGCAGCCUGGUCGUCUCGAAUCGAAAAUUUCAGCAUGGACCAUUGGUCUCAUUACAUCAAGUGUUGUCAAGUUUGCAUUUCACACCAAUAAUCCUAUCUGGCCUAUUGCGCAUGCUGAAAAUGGUGGUUUAAAUGGUUAUGGUCUCAUCAUUGCCAUUCUAGCUGUUUUACGAUCCACACGACCAAGUCAAAGUUUGAUCACUGGAGAUCAACUUUCAGUUCAAAGCCGUAAGGAAGGGCCAUCUCUUCUUGCUGGCCUUGGUAUUGGAGGUCUUUUCUUUGGGUUACAUUCCUUGCUAUCCGAUUCCAGCACAAUGAUUCUUUGGGUCUGGGAAGGAUAUCCUGUUCGUGGUCCAAUCUCAGCGCCUCACGGUGCCUGGACCAUUGCUGCAAUGGGAGUUGGCCUCAUUCUCGGAUUAUUCAAUGAAUCUCUAGCUCGUAGCUGGACAUUGUAUGGUGUUGGAUGUGUAGGUGCUGCCAUGCUUACCUUAUACACUCAUUGGAAAGGGUAUUAUGGUGCCUUGGUUUUGACUGUCUAUCUCAUGGCUGUAUCUGUUCCGUUAUUGGGAUCAGCUGCCAGAAAGAGCCCGGCUAAAGCAUUUGGAAUUGGUUUCCUCGUAUACAACUUCAUGGUAUUAUUUCAUGUUUGGGUUGUAGCUUAUGCCUUCGUUCCAGGUGGCCCUCUUGUUAGGGAACACACAGACUGGGUCAUGACUGUUACUAUGUUGUUGAUUGGUUGUGGUGUUUUCGCUACAUUUUCAUCCACUCCUGCAGCACAACGAAAACGAUUCAAUGUUUUCUUGAAUCAACGAAAGCAACGUUUGUACUACCUCUAUAUAAUCGCAGCUCUCCAACUUACUUCUAUCUCGACAGCAUAUAUGCGUUUCCCAACGUAUGAUUAUGUUCCUUACCAUAAAGAGGAGAAGAUUUUCACAGCAGGCAUUUGGACUAUUCACUUCAGUCUAGACAAUGAUAUGUGGUCAUCCGAAUAUCGUAUGAGAGAUGUAAUCAAAGAAUUAGAAAUCGAUGUCAUUGGUCUUCUCGAAUCGGAUCUUCAGCGUAUUAUCAUGGGCAACCGUGAUACAACUCAAUUCCUCGCAGAAGAUCUCGGCAUGUAUGUUGAUUACGGACCAGGUCCUAACAAACACACUUGGGGUUGUGCAUUACUCUCAAAAUUUCCAAUUCUCAAUUCUACCCACCACCUACUUCCAUCACCUGUAGGAGAAUUAGCCCCUGCAAUCGCCGCUACCCUAGACGUUUACGGAAGUCCAGUGGACGUCUUCGUCUUCCAUUCAGGUCAAGAGGAAGAUCCUGAAGAUCGAAGACUUCAAUCCGAAUACUUGGCUGACUUAAUGGGUGCUUCUACAAACCCAUCUAUCCUCCUCUCUUACCUUGUCACUAAACCUCUGGAAGGGAAUUACAAUACUUAUGUAUCUGAAAGAUCCGGUAUGCAUGAUAUUGAUCCAAGUGAUUGGGAUAGAUGGUGCGAAUAUAUCCUUUAUAAGGGGUUAAGAAGAUCUGCAUAUGCAAGAGUUUCCAGAAGUACGAUUACGGAUACGGAGAUUCAAGUGGGAAAAUUCUUGGUCGGAGAACCAGAGGGAGAGAGUGAUGAGGUGAGGAAUAGAAGAGUGGAUGAAGGGGAUGUGAGUCAAGGAAAGAGAUUCCCACAAUUAUUUAGAGGAGAGGGGGUGAGGGGACAUAGAUAUCAUGUUUUUGAUGAGCCAAGAUAUUAUGGUUAGGUUAGGAUUUGGAAUGAACUUGGGAAUGAUUGAAUGAAUGAACGGACGGAGGUGCAUUUGUGCACAUUUAAUAUAUCUUCUA